AUGAAACGAGACGCGGAAGCCAACAACUCAGACUCGCCGGACAAGUAUCCUAAAUGCACGGCUGAAAAGGAAGGAGCAGACCAAGAGCCUGCAACCAUCAGCCCUAGCUCAACUCGAUUGGAUAGACAAUUGAGGCUUUGGGGGAACUGGGGCCAAGAGCGUCUCAAGGAUGCGGGAGUAGGGAUUUGCGAUUCGUCUGCUACUUCGACUCAAAUCGCCAAGAAUUUAAUCUUAUCUGGAGCAAAGUCUGUCUUGAUGAUGGAUACAGCCAAAGUCCGCCAAUCAGAUAUCGGAAAUAACUUCUUUUUAGAGCAAGCAAGCUUAGGAAAAACUCGUGCGGAAGAGUCUGGUAAAUUACUCGAGCAAUUAACUUCAACAUUCAAAUAUCAUCCAGUUUAUUGGCAUGACUGGGAAUUCUAUAACGAGGAUUUCUGGUGCGAAUUGGAAGACAUAGAUGCAUUAGCAGACUGGAAUGCCUUCAUCGGUGUCCGAAUGGUCAAAGCCGACGAAGAGGUCACCAGUCGCUUCGGCUGGGGAUUCAAUGUACCCACUUUUUCGGUUCAGACUUGUGGCCUGGUGGCAAGUAUUCGGCUCCAGAUUCGAGAACUAUAUGUUUUCCAAACGCCUUCCGACUCCUUUGUCGAUCUUCGAUUGGAUUGUCCCUUUCCAUCCCUCUCUACAUUCGCAAACUCGUUCGAGAUGGACAAGAUGAACCAUCGUGAGCAUGCGCACGUUCCGGCCGUUGCAAUAAUCGUCCACUAUUUGGAAAGGUUCAAGUCUAAACAUGACGGGAAGCUACCUCAAGAUUCGACUCAGCGAGCGGAAUUAAAGGAGAUGAUCUUGGCUGAGAAGAGAGACGUGGAUGAAGAGAACUUUGAUGAAGCGGUGAACUUGAUUGGGAAUGCAUGUCAACCAACCGAAGUGCCCACACACAUCCAAGAAUUAUUCGAUGAUCCUUACUGCGAUAAAGCACCCUGGUUCGACGGAAGCUUUUGGUUACUGGUCAAGACUUUACGAGAAUUUGUCAAACGGGAUCCCAACCAUCAGCUACCUUUAUCCGGGGCCAUCCCAGACAUGAAAUCCAAUACGAAAAACUAUGUCAAGAUGGAAUCAAUUUAUCGUCAAAAAGCUUCAGAAGACCUGCAAACUUUCAAUAGUAUAUUGGACGACGUCAAAGACUCAUCAGAACCUGAUGACGAUGACAAUGACGAUGACAAUGGCGAAACGGAAACUGAGUCGGGAUUCCAUCACUAUGGUCCCGAAUAUCAGCUCUCUUCGGAAAUGAUCGAGACUUUUGUGAAAAACUGUGCACACAUACGUUUGAUCCGAGGAAGCAAAUAUACCAAUGAUCAGCCCAAAGAUUUGAUGCUCAAGUUCAGCAAGGAAUGUGAACCUGGUAAUCAAGAAUUCACCGCAAAUUGGUUUCUAGGAUUUCAAGCAUUGUCCGCUUAUCGGUUGGCCAAACAGGGCGAAUAUCCUGGGAUGCGGAAGGGACAAGAAGAACAUGAUUUCAAUUCCCUUUCAGAAAUCGCACUCAAAGAUUUAAUCCGACGUGGGUGGGACAAGGACGAGAAAAAGGUACCUGAAAAACUUGCAAAGGUAUUGAAAGAAAUGGUCAGAUCGUCUGGGUCGGAAUUACCACACAUCUCAAGUAUAGUGGGUGGUUUAGUUUCGCAAGAAGUGAUCAAAAUGACCACAGGACGGUAUGUGCCAAUGAACGGGAUUUGCAUCUUUGAUGGCUAUAGAUCAACAACUGGAGUCCUAGAAUUCUAACAAGUCCCUGGAAAACUUCAUCACAAUGUAUACCUUGUCUCUGCACAUCUUGUGCUUUGUUGCUUUGUGAAACUAUUUGUUGCAGCAAAGAUCACUGCCACUAAGCAUUCACUUUUGCACAUUGGUCCCAAUGUGGAAACAAAAA